GGGCAUCGGGCCCCCAGGCGGAGCGGCGGGCGCCGUACCCCCAGGCGGAGCAACAGGUCUCGGACCCUCAGGCGGAGCGGCGGGCGCCGGACCCCCAGGCGGAGCGACAGGUCUCGGGCCCUCAGGCGGAGCGGCGGGCGCCGGACCCCCAGGCGGAGCGACAGGUCUCAGGCCCCCAGGCGGAGCGACAGGUCUCAGGCCCCCAGGCGUAGCUGCGGGCGCUGGACCCCCAGGCGGAGCGACAGGCGGAGCGACAGGUCUCAGGCCCCCAGGCGGGGCGGCGGGCGCCGGACCCCCAGGCGGAGCGACAGGUCUCGGGCCCCCAGGCAAAGCGGCGGGCACCGAGUCACCAGGCACGACAGUGGGCUCCGAGUCAACUGGCAUGACCGCUGGCACUGGGUCAGACAUUGGAUCGUCUGGCUGGACAGCGGGCAUCGGGUCACCAGGCAUCAGGUCAUUUGGCUCGAC